AGCUGUGUCCGGCGGAGGCAGCUGCUGACCCAGCUGUGGACUGUGCCAGGGUGGAGACCGGCUGGGGGUUGGAGCCCUGGGCCCCCUUAGCGGGGCCUGCUCCAUGGACCCGCUUUGGGCACCCCUCUGGCCCCGAGUCGGCUCUCUCUGUCUCCUGCUUGCUGGGGCCGCUUGGGCCCCUCUACCCAAUCCCCCAGACCCCAGGUUUGAGCGCAAAGUGGCCCUGCUAGGGGCCCGCGAGCCCGAAGAGCUGCUUUGCUUCACCGAGAGGCUGGAGGAUUUGAUGUGCUUCUGGGAGGAAGCGGCAAGCGUUGGGGUGCGCCCUGACAACUAUAGCUUCACCUACCAGUUCGAAGGUGAACCAUGGAAGGUGUGCCUCCUGCGCCAGGCACGCACGGCCAGCGGUGCGGUGCGCUUUUGGUGCUCGCUGCCUACGGCCGACACGUCGAGCUUCGUGCCCCUAGAGCUGCGCGUCAUAACCGCUUCGUCCGGCGCUCUGCGCUACCGCCGCAUCAUCCACGUCAACGAAGUGGUAUUCCUGGACCCUCCCGCAGGGCUGCUGGCGCGCCAGGCAGAGGAUAGUGGCCACGUGGUGCUGCGCUGGUUCCCUCCUCCUGGGGCGCGCAUAACGAGCCACAUCCGCUAUGAGGUAGACGUCUCGGCAGGCAACGGCGCAGGGAGUGCGCAGAGGGUGGAGAUCUCCCAGGGCCGCACCGAGUGCGUGCUGAGCAACCUGCGCGGCCGGACGCUUUACACCUUCGCAGUACGUGCGCGUAUGGCGGAGCCGAGCUUUGGUGGCUUCUGGAGCGCCUGGUCGGAGCCUGCGUCACUGAUGACCGCUAGCGACCUGGAUCCCCUCAUCCUGACGCUCUCCCUCUUCCUCGUGCUCAUCCUGCUGCUGCUGGCCGUGCUCGCCUUGCUCUCCCACCGCCGGACUCUAAAGCAGAAGAUCUGGCCAGGUAUCCCAAGCCCUGAGAGUGAGUUUAAGGGCCUCUUCACCACUCACAAGGGUAACUUCCAGCUGUGGCUGUACCAGAAUGAUGACUGUCUGUGGUGGAGCCCCUGUACCCCCUUCGUGGAAGACCCACCUGCCCCCCUCGAAGUCCUCUCUGAGCGCUGCUGGGGGGAGACACAGGCAGUGGAGCCAGGCGCAGAGGAUGAGGGGCCCCUGCUGGAGCCAGUGGGCAGUGAGCAGGCCCAGGACACCUACCUGGUGCUGGACAAGUGGUUGCUACCCCAGAGCCCGCCCGGUGAGGACCUCCCAGGGCCUGGUGGCAGUGUGGACACAGCAGCCAUGGAGGAGAGCUCAGAAGCGUCCUCCUCUUCAUCUGCCCUGGCCCUGCAACCCAGGCCAGAGGGGGUCUCUGCUGGCAGCUUCGAGUACACCAUCCUGGACCCCAGCUCCCAGCUCUUGCGCCCACGGGCACUGCCCCCUGUGCUGCCCCCCACCCCACCCCACCUUAAAUACCUGUACCUUGUGGUUUCUGACUCCGGUAUCUCAACUGACUACAGCUCUGGAGGCUCUCAGGGGACCCCAAGGGGUUCAUCUGAUGGCCCCUACUCCAACCCUUAUGAGAACAGUCUUGUCCCAGCCACUGAGCCUCUACCCCCAAGCUAUGUGGCCUGCUCAUAG